AACAGCUGCAAUGAGCCCUGUGUCAGGCAGUGCCAGGACUCCACUGUUGUCAUUGAGCCGCCUGCUGUGGUGGUGACCCUGCCCGGGCCCAUCCUCAGCUCCUUCCCACAGAACACCGUGGUGGGAUCCUCCACCUCCGCUGCCGUUGGCAGCAUCCUCAGCUGUGACGGAGUGCCCAUCAACUCCGGGGGCUUUGACCUCUCCUGCAUCACCAGGCGCUAUGGUGGCAGGAGGAGCCUCCCCUGCUAAA